AACACAUGUGAACGUGUAGGCUACUCAUGUGUAAUUUGUAUGCAUUAAUAAAUGAAAUAACUCCAUCGAGGUGAAACAACGAUCGUGUUUAUUUCUAUAUUACUUUUGCUUUCUACAUUAGCAAAGACAUUUAUUUAUUUAUUUCUCAGUAGUUGUGAUGUGGCGGUGAGGUGAGGCGUCGGUCAGGUAAAUCAGGAAGUGCUUCGUCCCGCUGCCGAAACCAAACACUGGUGUAAAGACGCGAAAAUGAAAACCAAAAGACUGCUUGGCCCUCCAGACUGACAUGAACAUACUUCUGAAUCCUGUUGUGGUUUUGUCACUAUGUUUGCCUUUGUUCGUUGUGUGUCUGGAUCUCGUUCCAGUUCAGUUCGAGAAGACACCGGUGUUGGUGGCAUCAGGGAAAGAUGCCGUCUUCACAGUACAGACGGUGUCUGAUGUGUCCCUCAUCAGAUGGACCAAUAGUGCAGCGACCACGCUGGCCAUAUGGGGGAACGGUAGCCCUGUCGUAAUAUCUGUCCCGCAGUACCAGGGCAGGAUCUCUGUCACCGCCACUCAGCUCAAAAUCAGCAACAGCCAGCUCCGCGAUUCUGGAAACUACAACGUCUCGGUCGAACCCUCGCCUACCACUGGACUCGGUGUGAACACCCGAUCGGUGCAGCUCAAGGUGUUUGAUGCAGUGAGCGGAGUGAGUUUGUCUCUGCCGUCUCUGCCGCUGGAAGGUGGGAACGUGUCUCUGAGUUGCAGCUGGUCUGUUGGUUCAGAGGUCAGUGUGGUUUGGGGUAAAGGAGGCGCUGCUCUGUCCUCUGACAGCCACAUUACUAUCAGUGCUGGAUCUCUGCUCAUCAAGCAGGCCAGGAGAGAUGAUGCAGGAGAAUACACAUGCACCGUCAGCAACGCCGUCAGCGCUCAAACCUCCAAGGCCACCCUCAGCAUCUACUAUGGUCCAGACGCCCCACAGUUGACUAAGACCUCAAGCGAGUGUGUUGGCGGUGGAGAUGCUACGGUCGGGCAGACGGUUCGUCUCACCUGUACGUCUGCCUCUCUACCUCCUGCCUCCUUCUCAUGGGAACUUAACGACCAGCCGGUGACCGGCAGCCAAUCAGGGAGUGGCGUGCUGAGUCUGCAGAUCUUCUCCACCAAUCAGAGUGGCCGUUACGUCUGCAUCGCACGGAAUGACGUCACAGGAGGGACAUCAAAGCAGCAGAUAGACCUGGCCGUUGUGGGUACUUGUCUAAGCGGAGGCGCCGUAGCAGGGAUUGUUGUUGCCUGUGUUGUUGCACUCAUCAUAAUUAUCAUUGUAAUUAUUUUGCUUCUGCGGCAAAGGAAUGUUGAUCGGAGACUCAGAGAUACUGCUGGACUUCAGAAGACAAACCAGAAUGAAGGAAUGACAAUUGCAAACAGAGCUUUUGUCAAUGGAAACCACCCUGAUCCCACAUUACACAACUCACACCCACAAAACUUCUCCGCCAUUCCCAGUAACAACAAUGGGAACAUCAACACAAUGUCACAAAACAUGCUCAGCAACUCCAACCCACACCAUCAUAAUGCCCAUUUGAACACUGAUGUAUUCCAACACAACUUCAGCAUGGUCCCAGACAAUGGGCAUCAAAACAAUUCAUAUCCAAACAAUGACCCUCAGAGAUCGUUCCCACAGCCUGUCCAACACAAUCCCAAUAUUCUCAUACAGACGGGCAAUUCCCAGCCUGGUGCGCUUGCGCCUAUAGUUCAUGUAAACCUCAACACCUUGCCACGUAAUCACCAGUUUAAUAAUUCACAACCUCAAAUGGUGCAUGUCAACUUGAACACAUACCCUCCAGAAACAAAUCAAAUGGUCCAUAGAGAAAGUCAACAUACUAAUGCCAACCAUCAAAAUUACUCUCAGAAUGGCUUGCUGAACUCUGACCCUUUGAGUUUGAGUAAUCAGACACAAACAAUGCUCAAUAAUGCUUCAACAAAUGGUUCUCGCCAACACACUGGCCUCAUUCAAACUGGAUUCUCUCACCCUACCAAUCAAACCAAUGCAAACCGAAGAGAAGAGCGAACUCAACGUUCAAUCCCCAUUCAGACCAACAACCAGUUCAAUGACUCCAGAACGCACCUCCAACAGGAGCCUUGGGACCGUUUGCGGGGAACGCCAGCAUAUCCCAACCCCGACGUCUAUAGUACAGACAACAGUGGAUCUUCAGAUUGGACACAACGAGAUGCACGGAGGGAUCAUUUUGCUCAGAGAUCCCAGGAAACUGAACCUUUGGGAAGGUUGACCCAAGCUGCUCCUUCUCCCCAAAGAAGAGACCUCCAGAGACCAACUGUGCUCAAUCACUCUCAAAUGCACCCAAAUGUGCAAAGACAGAACUUAAGCACACAACCGCAAGUCCAAUCUCAAAUCCAGACCACAAUACCUCAAACCCAAACCUCUCAGGGUCAGAAUCCAAUCCCCAUUGGUCUACCAAGAGGAACGACCAUACCUCAAACACAAACUGGCACCAGAUCAAAUCUGACCAUGCCUCAGCCAUCCGGUCCUCUUACUGACGCUGCACUACGCCAACACACCACCCAGACCGAUAACCCUUUCGCCAACCGGAUCCAGCAGACUCAAGCUGCCUUGCAGAACCCUGGACCUUCUCAACCCGUCCAGCAGCUCAACAAAAUGGGCCAGAGGCCUCCUACUCCACCUCUGGUGCUGCGGCCGGACGAGUUCCAGAAACUUCCACGUGAACGCAUGAAGCAGCCGCAAACCAUCCAGCCUGUGAACGUGCAACGUAGACAUAGAUCUCCUAACGUGCACAGGCAGACUCGAGCGUUGCACACAAGCCCUCAGCGAAUGCCGGGAGCGCAUCCCAUGCAUGCAACCAUGCAUGCACACCCGACCCAUAUGCGCCAGCAGGUCCACAGAGGCAGACCGAGACGUUGAGAAAAUGCAGCGCUCGUCUGGCUCGACACCAUUUGCACUGCAAAAAACUUUCAUACAAAGCACAAUGUCUCUCUGGUGGAAAGAAACAAGCGCUCAGCCGUUCCUCCUGGCCUCGGCUUAUUGUGCCGUACAAAUCUUUGUAUUUUGUCGGAGAGACGGCAUUAUUGAUAAAAAGACUGAUCUUUUUGUUUCUCCUGCACUGCUGUCACGUAGGCAUGUGAAAGCCGCGGCUGUUGAACAGGACACAGUGUGAAUUUCAUCCGUCGGAACAAUGCUGCUCAGGGAUUUUUCUUGCGCUCAAGUGUCUGAAAAUAAAACACAAUGCAGUGUUUUUCCACAGACAGGAAGACUUGAACAAAAUCCAAAUGAAUUAGGAUGGCUGGCAGAGCUGAACUACUAAAUGAUAAAUAAUGGACUGCUGCUGUUUGUCCUCUCACAACUAUUUAUUCAGCUUUCUGCUCACAGAUGCUUCUUGUAGCGCCGCUCAAUUAGUGCGAUCCGCUACGGUGCUUUUGUGGAUGGAUUGCGCAUUUGAGUAUGAAGGAGACCCACCUAACGGACGUGUAAUUAAUUAAGCUCUUUAAUUUUUAUGUUAAUGAUGUGGAAAAUGCUAAUGAGUUUAAGUGAAAUAGGUUGUUGACAGGCCUAGCAAAAAAUAUGAUGAAAAGCAAAUGUUUGGUCAGAUGGUUUAUGUCAUGUACUUUGAGGUUUUUACAAAUAAAUUCUCCCAAUUUGCA